AUGAUAGAUUCUUUCUUUCGGCCACCAAAUUUGAAAUGUUUAUCUCAACCAGCAGUCAAGUUGUUUGUCUUUUUAAUUUAGCCAAGAACUUCUUGAACCAUUUUUUGCAAUUCAUGUCUUGAAUUGCACGUUUCUCCGGUGAUGGGAACGCAAUCUCCAUUUUAUAUCUAAACCCACUUGCCGAGUUGCGGUUGACUUUCAUUUACAUUCAAACUUGGCGUGGGGAGCAGGUGCUCGGUGCAAAGCAAUCAGCUCCUUUUACAUACAGCCAAUCGAAAGAUUGUUGUGCCGUAUAAUCCGGCUACCAUCUUCACCCACUCGCAGCUCGAUUUCGAACCAACCGUUGUUUUGAUUUUUUGGCAAAGCACAUCGCCAUGGGAGAAGGAGAUUGCAACUUUGGAGAGAACAAGGUGGUAGAGGAAGGACCAGAAGUUGCUGGUGAUGAGGCGGUAGUUGAUGAACACCAAAUGUUUGAUGAAAUGCCUGGUGGAGUUCGACAAUUUUAUUUUGCCAAAGUUUUGGCACUUGAAAAUUCAAACAUAGAUGCCAUGAUCAAGGCUGAAGAGACGAUUACAAAGAUGAAUCAAGACCAAAUUCUUGUCGCCCAGAAGAUAAGGGACAGACAGAUGGACCGUGCUCGGGUGAUCACCAAGUUGGAGAACCAACGAUACUAUGAAAAUUGGGAUGAAUACAACCUAGAAUACUACAGACACAGAAUGAAUGUCCUCCAUCUAUCAUUACACAAACUGACUUCUGCAAACAAAGCAUGUAAAGGGAAACCAAAUAACUCGUGCUUGUCAGGAGGGAAAGUUGAUAAGCAAAAAUUAUCUUUCUUGAUGCGUCAUGGGUGUAAAAAUAUGGCUGAUGAGAGAAAGCUACUAGCGGAGGUUAAUACAAGACAAGAGAUGGAUGGUGACUUGAUAGCAGACGAAGUCGAUUCUUCUAUUAUGCCGUUGUUGAGCGGUCUGCGGCGUGCGCAAAUUGAUGUUCAAAUUGCUCGUGCGCUUGAGAGGAAGGAAGCUAUUGGUGAUGCUCCGGUGAAGGGAGAGAUGUGGACCUCAUCGCAUUUGAAAAAGGCCAUUCAAGAAGAAUUGCAGGAAAUCUACGACUGUUCAGAUGAAUGUAGGAAAAGACAGGCAAGAGUAAGGUCCAAAAUUAAGAAGACAAAGAAAGAAGUAGAGAAGGUAGAAAAGGAUAUAAGGUGUCUACAGAAACACUUGAUAUAUACCAACCGCAGAAAGGAGGAGGCAUAUGACACUAUUCUUAAAUUGAAGAAACAAUAUGGAGAAGAGAAUGCCUCCCACUACCAAUAUCGAUCCCUCAUGAAGAAGGUUGAAGAACUUGCUAAAAUGAAAGACAUUGCAGCACUUGAAGAACUAUGUCAAGGACAGGUUGAAAAGUUUAUGCAGAUGUGGAAUAAUUGGCCGGAGUUCAGAAAGGAUUACAAAAGGAGAGUCGUGCCGUCCCUAUGUAAUCGAGAGCUUUGCAUGGAUGGGAGGAUGAUUGGCAACCAGAAAUUAGAAUUGGUUGAGGAUAGUCGUAAACUUGUUAUUCCGGAAUCGCUUUCUAAAACUAGAUUGAAAUGGGUGAUGAAAGAUGCUGAAGAUCCUUUUGAACUUCUUUCCUCUUAAACCUGAAAUGCAGUGUGCUUUUUUGUUGUCUGUAAACAUGCUUGAACUUCCUCUGGUUCAUUUGAAUCCCAUAUCUAAUGGAACUU